AUGGACCUCAGAGUCUAUCUUAAAAUGGUGGACAGCUUCCACAGUUCCCCCAACUACCACCAGAUGUCAGCACCCUUCCAAACCUUUGUCUUCCUGGACUUGGAAGCAACAGGGCUCAGAGAUGACCGUCCGCGAGUGACAGAACUGUGCCUGGCUGCCGUCCAUCGCUUCUCCCUGGAGCACCCCCCCAGAGGGGGCAGAGUCGGGCCGCAGCUCCCCCGAGUCAUGGACAAGCUCUGCCUCUGUGCCGACCCACACAAACUGGUCUGUCAACGCACGCUGGAGCUGAGCGGCUUGAGCAACGAGAACCUGACCGAAAACUGCAAGCCCGGCUUCGACAAGGUGGCAGUGUCCCUCCUCAACGGCUUCCUGCAGAGACAGGCCCCUCCGGCAACAGCUUCCGCUACGACUUUCCUCUCCUGCGGACGGAGCUGCUGCAACCACAGGGGUUACAGCUUAGCCACGCUGUACAGGCGUUUCUAUCAGAGCUACCCCCCUGUGUCUCACUGCGCUGAAGCAGACGUGAGCACCCUCAUCGUCGUGUUUCUCAGCCAGGCCAGGGAUCUGCUCGUCUGGGCUGAUCUCAACGCCUGCCCCUGGGAAAGUACCCCCCCUAUGUACAACCCCAGCCCCCGAAAACCACUGAGGACGCCCCAAGAAACUCAGAAUGGAGGUACACCCAAAAGACAGAUGAAGGUGGCGAGAUCGAGCCAGGCUUUAGGGUUGGGCUAG